CUUCGUUCGUAGAACAGAGAGAGAAAGAGAGUGUGAGAAAUAAGCUGGUGUAUUUCCUGCGAUAUCGCCGGAAUCGUUCUCCGAUCGCACCGGUAGUUCGGUUUAUGGUCGUCGGAAUAUCGCCGAUCUUAUUCCGUUUCGAAUCGUCGUCGUUUUGGUGACCGGAGAUGGUGAAUUCCUUGGUUGAACGCGCCACGAGCGACAUGCUCAUCGGGCCCGAUUGGGCCAUGAAUAUUGAGAUCUGUGACAUGCUCAAUCAUGACCCUGGGCAAGCAAAGGACGUCGUUAAAGGUAUAAAGAAGCGGAUUGGAAGUAAAAAUUCAAAAGCUCAACUUCUUGCACUAACUUUGCUGGAGACAAUCAUAAAGAACUGUGGAGACAUUGUUCACAUGCAUGUUGCAGAGAAAGAUGUGCUACAUGAGAUGGUGAAAAUAGUAAAGAAGAAGCCUGAUUUUCAUGUCAGAGAGAAGAUACUAGUUCUUAUAGAUACCUGGCAAGAAGCUUUUGGAGGGCCGAGGGCAAGAUAUCCACAAUAUUAUGCUGCAUACCAGGAAUUAUUGCGUGCUGGGGCAGUAUUCCCGCAGAGAUCUGAACAAUCUGCACCUGUAUUCACACCUCCACAAACGCAACCGUUGGCAUCAUACCCUCAAAAUAUACGCAACUCAGAUGCUAGGCAGGACAGAUCUGAGUCCUCCGUGGAGUCUGAGUUUCCAACACUAAGUUUGACCGAAAUUCAGAAUGCACGUGGUAUUAUGGAUGUUCUUGCAGAAAUGCUCAGUGCAAUAGACCCCAGUAACAAAGAAGGUCUUAGACAGGAGGUUAUUCUUGAUUUGGUGGAGCAGUGUCGAACAUACAAGCAGAGAGUCGUACACCUCGUUAACUCAACUUCGGAUGAAUCACUACUAUGCCAAGGACUAGCUCUAAAUGAUGACCUGCAGCGUGUACUGGCCAAGCAUGAAUCUAUAUCUUCAGAAACUUCUACUCAAAAUCUAAAUGACAAAGAGCAUUCAAAACCCGCACCAGCUGGAGUACUUGUAGAUAUUGAUGCUCCUUUGGUUGAUACUGGCGAUACUAGCAAACAAACUGAUGGGAGUUCUGAAGCAGGGUCCCAAACAUUGAAUCAGUUAUUGCUUCCUGCACCCCCUGCCUCUAACGAUUCAGCUAUCCCUGCGAAGAUUGAUCCCAAAUGGGACCUGCUCAGUGGAGAUGACUAUAACUCACCAAAAGCUGAUACUUCACUUGCUCUUGUUCAUCUUGGAGAACAACAGCCUGCCAGUCCUGUGUCUCAGCAGAAUGCCCUUGUUCUUUCUGAUAUGUUUUCUAAUAACAAUGCACCUAUAUCUGUCAAUAUCCAUCUAACCCAGCCAACUAAUGGUGCUGGCCAAACCAGUCCAUUUGCUCCCCAAUUUCAACAACAGCAUGCUUUCAUAUCUCAAGGUGGAUUCUACCCCAAUGGAAAUGUGCCAAAUGCAGGUUCACCUCGGUAUGAGCAAUCACCCUAUGCACAAAGUACAGGUCCUGCCUGGAAUGGUCAGGUUGCACAACAGCAACAGCCACCUUUGCCAGUUUAUGGUGCACAAAGCAGUGGAUCAUUGCCCCCACCUCCCUGGGAAGCUCAACCGGCAGAUAAUGGCAGUCCUGUAGCAGGCGCUCAAUAUCCACAAUCACCACAAGUCACUCAAGUGGUUAUGACACAUGUGCAGAGUGCUGCACAUCCUCAGGGGACUCAAGCAAUGGGUAAUGACCAGGCUGUUGGUAUGUAUAUGCAGCCAAAUGCUAACGGCCAUAUGUCAGCAAUCAAUAACCAUGCCGGGAGCAGUCAAUUGGGUUUGCACCCUCAGCAUAUUCAAGGUGCUGCAGGGCCUUACAUGGGUAUGGUUCCACAUCAAAUGCAAGCUGGUCCUGUGGUUUCCAUGUAUCCUCAACAAAUGUACGGAAACCAAUAUACAGGAUACGGCUAUGCUCAGCAACAAGGAGUUCCAUAUAUUGAACAGCAAAUGUAUGGUAUGUCUGUUAGAGAUGAUAGUGGUUUGAGAAACUCUUACCAGGUUUCUACUACAUCUUAUGUUCCAUCUGGGAAGGCUUCCAAGCCAGAGGAUAAGUUAUUUGGGGACCUUGUUGACAUGGCAAAAUUGAAGCCAAAACCCACUCCUGGUCGAGCUGAAAGCAUGUAAAACUAUCACUGGGUUUGCAUUUUUCAUCCUUUUGCCAACUCGUGUCCCCAUUUUUCUAUGUUUCUUUAUUAUAUUAUUUUUUACUUUUAUGUUUUUUUUAAUAUUAUAUAUUUUUUGCUUUUGUUACAUAUUGUUUAUUUGUCCGGGAAUUAGCAUUUGAUUAUGUACAUUCGAACUGGUGAAAACAUCGAAAAAUAAAGAAAGAGAGAGAGAGAGAGAGAUAGAAGAAAAAACUAGACCAUCCUUUGGGUUGGAUUGAAGUUUGUGGCAUUUUUUUUUCUUCCGGUAAACUAGUUUGUGGCAUUUUACAUGUGUACUCCCCCUCCCUUUUCGUAUUGGAGGUUUUGUGGUUAAAGGGUGCUUUUAAGUCUAAAAUGUAGAGAAGGGAUGUC